GAAACCUCAAUAUAAUUUUGAAGACCUAUCCAUAGAUACCCCACACGUAUAACUAGGUUUGAUGAAAAAAAAUUUUUUGAGUUUCAGUUCUAAGUAUGGGGAGCCCCCAAAAUUAAUUGUUUUUUUUUUCUAUUAAUGUGUGAAAAUCUUAAUGCGGUUCACAGAAUACAUCUACUUACUAAGUUUCAACAGUAUAGUUCUUAUAGUUUCGGAAAAAAGUGGCUGUGACAUACGGAUGGACAGACAGACAGACAUGACGAAUCUAUAAGGGUUCCGUUUUUUGCCAUUUGGCUACGGAACCCUAAAAAUACGAAGGAUUACAUAGCAUUCCAAUAAACAAUGUUUUAAAGUUGGUUGUUGACAUGACCGGUAUUGACAUUUUAUAGUGCGGUUUUAUUGAACUGGUUAGUUGUUAGGUUUAAACUUUAAUAUUUCAUUUAAGGUUUAUGUAGGGGUGUAGGAGGGGGUAGGCACGCUCAGGUUUGCGACGCUGGGCUACAGGUCUGCUCACUCAAGUCCUUCAUACACGUCCCCGUCGACCCUGGAUCUGCCGCCGCGGACCAGGGUUGAACCCACCCGGGGUUCACUGCUGGGUGGGUCGUACACCCUGGAAAUGCUAGUGGUCUUAACGAGCGUCGCACUAUUUACCAACAACCUCGGGCCACUAGCAGCUAAGUAUGAGGGCCAUACAUGGUGUGACAGUCCCACCCGCCAGGUAAUCCUUUUCCCCUACCCUUAUCUCCCGUCUUAACAUCCUGUGAUCCGAAUAGUCAUUUCCCAUCUCUACUCCUAUCUUUAUCCCUCCUCUCUCUAAUCCCUCCCUUCCCUAUUUCCCCCUCUUUGCUCCCCUUUCCUACUCCAUUUCCUCUCCGCCAAUCCAAGGUGUCAUACGUACCGUGCCGAUGGAUGCGUGGCUGGUGGCGAGACCAGUCUCUAACGGCGUCUCUACGAAACCGGGGCGAAUCGUAGCAGUAUCUCGUCCUUCAGUCGGCAAGCGGGGCUCUGCCGUUCUGUGACGAAUAUUUCCCUUGCUACUCGUGGGACGUUCAUGGAAAGUAACAACAAUUUAGAAAGUUUUGACGCCAUGUCCUCAGCUCUGGACUUGAUCCAGGCUGAAGGUAGUAUCGGGGCGAAGGAGGCUGCAGAAGCCUCUGGCACGCCCGAGGUUUGCUCUCAGGGAGGGGAGGGGGUAGCUGAGGUCGACAGAGACGACAUCGUCUCUGGUGCGCCCGGCGACAGCUCCUCGACCAAAGAGCCGCGUGUUUUCAAACGCAUGUCGGGUGCUGCUCGCAAGAGGUUCCGCAGGCUUAUGGGCGACGGGGUAGCCAAAGAGCAAGCCCUGUCAUUGGCCCGUAAGCCUUGGGUGGACAUCGCUGUGGAGAAGCCGGCCAAAGAGAAAGGCCCUGUAAAAAGGGUCCGCUCUGAGGACGAAUCUCCACAGGGAUCAGCGAAAAAGGCCCCGAAACUCCGCGCUGAAACCUCAGGGGAGCCUCGUCAACCGAGCUUCAGGGAGGUAGCGGGGUCCUCACGAGUAGGGAUCCGUAAUUCGGACCCUAUGAGUGAGGACCAGAUGAAGUUGGUCCACCGUCACCUAAAUCUCGCCAUGGUCACCCAAUGGGCGAAUGCGAAGGGCGGUGCACCACAGUUUCUGGGCUUCAUUCACAAGACAGGCUGGAUACUGGUGACCUGUGUCAACCAGGCUAGCAGGGACUGGCUUGUGAAUGAGGUCCCGAAUCUAAAGCCGUGGCCGGAGGCGAAACUCUCCGUCAUCCCGGAGGGUGAAUUGCCCAAACCAGCCACGGCCAUCACGUUCAUUCCAGAGUCCGAGGCGGCCUCAGUGGAGGAAGCCUUGGCGCUGAUCAGGGUCCAGAACUUUGGCCUGAAUACAGAGCUCUGGAAAGUUCUCGGGGAGAAGGCUGAGCAGGGUGGCAAGGUGGUCACCUUCGCUCUGGAUGAGCCUUCCGCCGAAACCCUUAAGGCCAAUCGUGGGGAGGUAGCGAUUGGCUUUAAGAAGGUACUGUUCCGACUAAAAGGGGGGCCAAACGCUCCCCCAGCACAGCAGACGGAGCAGCAACCCCAGCCCCUCGCUGAAUCUACUCCAGGGCCAAGUACCAUGGUACCUAGCGGCCGAACUCCUAUACCCCAGGGCUCUCGUGGCCGUGGGGGCGGGCAACCGGCAGCUAGAGGUACAAGGGGCAUGACGAGGGGCAUGGUACCCGGUAGGGCCAGACCCAUAACCUCGGUGACAGGAGGGCCUCAAAGGACUCCUGUUGCGAGAGGCAGGGGAGGGCCACAACGGGUCACCAAGAGGGCCAAAUAA